AUGGCGGAUACAAGUGUACCUGCUCACCCGGAUGGACUGGACAGAACUGUCAGCAAGACAAAGAUGAGUGUACCAGUAAACCCUGCCUACAUGGACGACAUAGAUGAGUGUGCCGGAAAGCCCUGUAUAAAUGGACGCUGUGAGGACAAAGCUGGUGGCUACAAAUGCACAUGCUCACCUGGAUGGAAUGGACAGAACUGUCAGCAAGCCGGCCCCUGCCAGAGCGGUUGGACCGAGUAUAACAACCACUGCUACAAGGUGAUGACAGAUGCAGCAGCUGACUGGGUUACGUCAAACACAUCGUGUGAAGCACUGGGUACAAACCUUGCUUCUAUCAGAGACCAGACAGAAAACAAGUUCAUUGAAGAUCUUAUCUCUGGUGGUCCUAAAAGGAUAAUCUCCAGCAUUUGGAUUGGACUACGGAUCGAUAUCCGCACUAAGCAUCUGAAGUGGGCGGAUGGGUCAGGAACAUCUUACACAAACUGGGCUCCAGUAUCUACUUUCGUCGGUGCAAUUGGAACAUUUGACGGUGGACACAGAUGUGUCAGUAUGUUCUCCAAGCCUACAGAUAUCUACAGGGGAACAUGGCUCACGCGAAUAAAGGUGCAAAGAGGCAUGUGGAAGAAGUUUCCAUGUGAGGCGAAGUUUCCCUACAUUUGCAAAGGUCCGAGUAACAACAAGAAUAACAGUACUGGUUAGAUCUAUUGGUCAUUGACAGAAUAUGUUACCAUUCGUGAGCACCAAAUCUGGCCCAAUUUUGAUAUUUUCUAUUGAUUUAACUUGGCCACAACACUUCUACAAAAGUUUCUACAAAAGCUGAAAAUUGACACCAGCAAGUUUUUCAAAGAGAACUUUUAAACGUGACACUGCGCAAGGAAUGAUACUGCCCAUUGUGAGGAAGAAUUAAUUUUAGUAACGUUUCAUUCCACCUUCUUUGUUUAAGACAAAAAGUAGCUUUACUGUCUGUUUCGUAGCAAACCUAUCAGAAAUCUUCUUAGUGAUCUACAUUGCAUUGGAAAGACUCAAGAAUGUUGUAAUGGUUAAGAAGAAUCAGUUUUGGUAAGUAAGAAAAUGAUAAGUUGUGAAGUGAACGUUACUAGAAAGCACUGAAUAAUGGAAUGGAGUGGAAUCAUUUUGUGAAUAUCGUGUGUAAUGAUGAUGUUUUAUGUAUAUGUAGAAGAUGUGAAUAUGCAUUAUGAAACCUUAUAAUACAGAAGAUGCAGGAGUGAGAAGGAGAGAGCCGAGAGAGAGAAAGAGAUCUAGAGAGAGACAGAGAGAAAGAGAGAGAGAAAGUUUCAUAUAGAUCUGACUGUGGGCUACAUUUGAACACAAAGUGCUGUAAUAUGCUGAGGCAGUUCAAGUUGAUAAGUGGAGAUCUAUUCUGUGUACUUGAUCUAUUUCUCAGCUGAAAUGUGUCAAUUUUUAUGAUUGUACAUGUAGGUGUAUUGGUUAUGUGACAAAUGGAAGUGACCAGAGUACUUGCAAAAUCAUUCGUAGUGACAGAAAUACUGUUAGUACUGCUUGUUCGCUAAGAAUCUUGUGAUCUUUUGAAAUCGCCAAGCUCAGUGAAAAUAUUGUAUGAGAACAAAAAAAUAUA